CCUCCCUCAACACCUGGUUCGCGGACCAGCUCGCUCUCCGUCGCCAUGGGCGAACGCUGUGCGAGAGCUAGAGGCUAGCUAUAGCGCAGCUAGGGAAGGAAGUAAAAAAGAAAGAAGAAUGUCGAACGCGCCGGGGAAGAAGGGGUUCAGGGGCGGCGGCGCCGGCGGCCCUGGGCCGUCUGCGGCGGCCGGGGCGCGGGGGACGGCGGGGCAGGCGGUGAAGUUCGCGCGGCGGACGUCGAGCGGGCGGUACUUGAGCCUGUCGCGGGAGGACAUCGACCCUGACGGCGAGCUGGCGGCGGACUACACCAACUACACGGUGCAGAUCCCGCCGACGCCGGACAACCAGCCGAUGAUGGACGGCGCGGAGCCGGCGUCGGUGGCGAUGAAGGCCGAGGAGCAGUACGUGUCCAACUCGCUCUUCACCGGCGGCUUCAACAGCGUCACCCGCGCGCACCUCAUGGACAAGGUGAUCGAGUCGGAGGUGACCCACCCGCAGAUGGCCGGCGCCAAGGGCGCCCGCUGCGGCAUGCCCGCCUGCGACGGCAAGGUCAUGCGCAACGAGCGCGGCGAGGACAUCGACCCCUGCGAGUGCCACUUCAAGAUCUGCCGCGACUGCUACCUCGACGCCCAGAAGGACGGCUGCAUCUGCCCGGGCUGCAAGGAGCACUACAAGAUCGGCGAGUACGCCGACGACGACCCGCAGGACGGCGGCGGCGGUAAGCUCCACCUGCCGGCGCCCGGCGGCGGCCUCAACACCAACAAGUCGCUGCUGGCGCGCAACCAGAACGGCGAGUUCGACCACAACCGGUGGCUCUUCGAGAGCUCCGGCACCUACGGCUACGGCAACGCGUUCUGGCCCAAGGGCGGCAUGUACGACGACGACCUGGACGACGACGACGACAGGCCGGGCGGCGGCGGCGGCGACGGCGGCGUGCUCCCGGAGCAGAAGCCGUUCAAGCCGCUGACGCGCAAGAUCCCGAUGCCGACGUCGGUGAUCAGCCCGUACCGGAUCUUCAUCGUGAUCCGGAUGUUCGUGCUCCUCUUCUACCUCACGUGGCGCAUCCGCAACCCGAACAUGGAGGCGCUGUGGCUGUGGGGCAUGUCCAUCGUCUGCGAGCUCUGGUUCGCCUUCUCCUGGCUGCUCGACAUGCUCCCCAAGGUGAACCCGGUGAACCGGAGCACCGACCUGGCGGUGCUCAAGGAGAAGUUCGAGACGCCGUCGGCGUCGAACCCGCACGGGCGGUCGGACCUGCCAGGGCUGGACGUGUUCGUCUCCACGGCCGACCCGGAGAAGGAGCCCGUGCUGACGACGGCCAACACCAUCCUGUCCAUCCUCGCAGUGGACUACCCCGUGGAGAAGCUCGCCUGCUACGUGUCCGACGACGGCGGCGCGCUGCUGACGUUCGAGGCCAUGGCGGAGGCGGCGAGCUUCGCCAACAUCUGGGUGCCCUUCUGCAAGAAGCACGACAUCGAGCCGCGCAACCCGGACAGCUACUUCAGCAUCAAGGGCGACCCGACGAAGGGGAAGCGGCGGUCGGACUUCGUGAAAGACCGCCGCAAGGUGAAGCGCGAGUACGACGAGUUCAAGGUGCGCAUCAAUGGCCUCCCGGACUCGAUCCGGCGGCGGUCCGACGCGUUCAACGCGCGGGAGGACAUGAAGAUGCUGAAGCACCUCCGCGAGACGGGCGGCGACCCGUCGGAGCAGCCCAAGGUGAAGAAGGCGACGUGGAUGGCGGACGGGACGCACUGGCCGGGCACGUGGGCGGCGCCGGCGCCGGACCACGGCAAGGGCAACCACGCCGGCAUCCUGCAGGUGAUGCUGCGGCCGCCGUCGCCGGACCCGCUGUACGGGAUGCACGAGGAGGAGGAGGAGGCCGGGCAGCCGGCGAUGCUGGACUUCAGCGACGUGGACAUCCGGCUGCCGAUGCUGGUGUACAUGUCGAGGGAGAAGCGGCCCGGGUACGACCACAACAAGAAGGCCGGCGCCAUGAACGCGCUGGUGCGGUGCUCCGCCGUGAUGAGCAACGCGCCCUUCAUGCUCAACUUCGACUGCGACCACUACAUCAACAACGCGCAGGCGGUGCGGGAGGCGAUGUGCUUCUUCAUGGACCGCGGCGGCGAGCACAUCGCCUACAUCCAGUUCCCGCAGCGCUUCGAGGGCAUCGACCCCUCCGACCGCUACGCCAACAACAACACCGUCUUCUUCGACGGCAACAUGCGCGCGCUCGACGGCCUCCAGGGCCCCAUGUACGUCGGCACCGGCUGCAUGUUCCGCCGCUUCGCCGUCUACGGCUUCGACCCGCCGCGCACCGCCGAGUACACCGGCUGGCUCUUCACCAAGAAGAAGGUCACGCUCUUCUCCGGCGACCCGGAGUCCGACACCCAGCAGCUCAAGGCCGAGGACUUCGACGCCGAGCUCUCCUCGCACCUCGUGCCGCGCCGCUUCGGCAACUCCUCGCCCUUCAUGGCGUCCAUCCCCGUCGCCGAGUUCCAGGCGCGGCCGCUCGCCGACCACCCGGCCGUCCUCCACGGCCGGCCCCCCGGGGCGCUCACCGUGCCGCGGCCGCCGCUGGACCCGCCCACCGUCGCCGAGGCCGUGUCGGUGAUCUCCUGCUGGUACGAGGACAAGACGGAGUGGGGGGACCGGGUGGGCUGGAUCUACGGCUCCGUCACCGAGGACGUGGUCACCGGCUACCGGAUGCACAACCGCGGGUGGCGCUCCGUCUACUGCAUCACCAAGCGCGACGCCUUCCUCGGCACGGCGCCGAUCAACCUCACCGACCGCCUCCACCAGGUGCUCCGCUGGGCCACCGGCUCCGUCGAGAUCUUCUUCUCCCGCAACAACGCCUUCCUCGCCUCCCGCAAGCUCAUGUUCCUGCAGCGCGUCUCCUACCUCAACGUCGGCAUCUACCCCUUCACCUCCAUAUUUCUCCUCGUCUACUGCUUCAUCCCGGCGCUCUCCCUCUUCUCUGGCUUCUUCAUCGUCCAGAAGCUCGACGUCGCCUUCCUCUGCUACCUCCUCACCAUGACCAUCACCCUCGUCGCCCUCGGCAUCCUCGAGGUCAAGUGGUCCGGCAUCGAGCUCGAGGAUUGGUGGCGCAACGAGCAGUUCUGGCUCAUCUCAGGGACGAGCGCGCACCUGUAUGCGGUGGUGCAGGGGCUGCUGAAGGUGAUGGCCGGGAUCGAGAUCUCCUUCACGCUGACGGCGAAGGCGGCGGCGGACGACAACGAGGACAUCUACGCCGACCUCUACAUCGUCAAGUGGUCGUCGCUGCUCAUCCCGCCCAUCACCAUCGGCAUGGUCAACAUCAUCGCCAUCGCCUUCGCCUUCGCGCGCACCAUCUACAGCGACAACCCGCGGUGGGGGAAGUUCAUCGGCGGCGGCUUCUUCAGCUUCUGGGUGCUCGCCCACCUCUACCCCUUCGCCAAGGGCCUCAUGGGCCGCCGCGGCAAGACGCCCACCAUCGUCUUCGUCUGGUCGGGCCUCCUCUCCAUCACCGUCUCCCUCCUCUGGGUCGCCAUCAGCCCGCCGGACGCCAACGCCACCGGCGGCGCCCGCGGCGGCGGAUUCCAGUUCCCUUGAUCCCGCCGCCAUCCACGCAUGACGAUGAUUUGAUUAGGUUGCCUAUUAAGCUGCUGAUUAAUUGACCAUGCAUAACAACAAAAAAAAAGGGUGAGGUAAUUCAUGGUGCAGUGCAAAUAGACCAGUUGAUUAGGUGUGUCAAAGUAGUUGGAAGAGAUUUUGAGUAUUAAAUUUGAGUUCCAAACACUUUUGCGAGUUUUUGAUCGGUUCUCCUAUAGUAAAUUGAAGGGUUUAUGUAGCUCAAGUUGAAUUGAAAAAUGUAUCAGAGGGUGUGAUCAUACAAACACUGAACUUGUUUGUC